AUGGAAUCAAUUGUCGGUUUUAAAGCCCCACUGGCCUACGAUAUGCAUGCCAAGGAUACUGCAUUCCUUCCGACGGACACCAUUCGUAUUCUAGACACAACAUACCCCACCAGGGCCAUGACGUGGCUCGAGGCUGUUUGGCUAACUGCUUUGGCCAGACCUGCCGCCCUAGAAGAAAAGCCGACCGCUAAAUCAUCUCUGCAAAACGAAAUACCGGCUUUGCCUAGCGGCUUUGAUGAGCGAAAAGUGCUUGAGAUACGGUUGUCUGGUUCGGAACCGACAAUCACGGGCCACAUACUUGAGACCAUCAAGUGCCUAAGCACACCGAUGUCGAGCAAACUAGCAUGGGGAACAUUCUCUGAAAUAGCUACCCUCCCAUGGGAGGGAGGCAACCUCCUAACAAAGCAAGGGGAGCAGGCAGUGGAAAGCAUGCUCCAUACCCUCAGUUGUGGCUCCCUGAGUGCCAAGCCACCCACCGAAGAGCGUGUGUGA